GUGACGUGGUCAUGUGGAGAUAUACCAAGAGACGGGCGAGGUGUUGAGGCAGGGGGACUGCGGCGUUAUGGUGCGGGCCAGGCCACAGAGGAAUACGGGCAACGAAUUCACUAUAGGAGCCUUUAGACAUUCUGAAAUACUGUAUAAUUCUUCCGUGGACAGUUGGACCCACCUCUGUUCGCCUGUCUCGAAGCUCUCCAUAAUCGUUAAUUUCCCAUUUUCAAUUAAGAAGAAAGAUUGAGACACCGACAGCAGUUGCUGGUACUCCUAAAAAGUUGCAGUGGGGGGAGUGAAGAAGACAUGACGGAUUAUUAUGAUGUUCUGGGAGUGUCACGAAGCGCCUCUCCAGAGGACGUGAAGAAGGCGUACAGGAAACAGGCUUUGCGAUGGCAUCCGGACAAGAACCCAGACAACAAGGAGGAGGCAGAGAGGAAGUUUAAGGAGCUGGCUGAGGCCUAUGAAGUUCUGUCAGACCGGAGAAAACGAGAGGCGUAUGAUACUUAUGGCAAAGACCGAAUUCCCAACAACACAGGCUCCAGUAGCCAUCCCACUCCAGAAGACUUCCCAGGAUUCACCUUUACAUUCCGGAGUCCUGAGGAAGUGUUUCAAGAAUUCUUUGGAGCCCAGGAUCCUUUUGCAAAUUUCUUCGAUGACUUUGCCUUCGGAGGAGGGAUGCACAGUGGCUUCCAUGGACAUCCUGGCACUUCGAGGCUCGGCCCAAGCCGGUUUUUCUCCUUCCCCUCUGCUGGAGUGCACGACUUCACCUCUUCCUCGUCCUCCAUGGCUGGAAUGGAUUGGAUGGACAGCAUCGGAGGAGGGAUGGGAAAUUUCAAGUCUGUCUCCACCUCUACGCGUGUCAUCAACGGCAAACGCACCGCCACCAAGAAGAUCAAAGAAAACGGUCAGGAGAGAACAGAGAUCGAGGAAGACGGGGUCUUGAAGACGGUGCUCAUCAAUGGUGUGGAGGAUGAGUUGGCCUUGGCUCUGGAGCUCAGCAAGAGAGACCACCUGCCCCCUAGUCAACCCUCACAGACGCCCAGGCAACACCUUCAGCAGCAGGCAGAGAGGGCGUUACCUGUGGAGCUCCAGACCCAUCCACACCGACCCGUCUCCGGACCCCGGUCUAUGGCCCAGCGCUCCUUCAGCUCAGCCCCCUACUUCCACUACCCUGACGUCCCCAGGGAGGAAGAGGAUGAUGAUGAAGAUCUCCAGAUGGCCCUGGCCUACAGCCUGUCUGAGAUGGAGGCCCAGCAGAGAGCGUCGGCUUCAGCACCAGACGUCAUCUCAGACUCACACUUCCAGGCCUUCACGGGCUGAUCUGAUUGUCCGUUGCCCGUCUGACCCCUGACCUCUGAGCCUGAGGUAAAGCCCAAACAAAACAGUCUCCUCCUCCAUCAUCUGCUCCUCCCACCUCCACUGUUGCAUCAUCCAACCCUUCAUCCCAUCCUGCCCCCCGUCACCCCUAGAACACCACUAAACUCUGGGUCCCACCAGCAACCCAUCUGUUUACUCUCCAAACCACGACGUACCCUGCGUUUUUCCCUCCAAUACUCCCCGUAGUAGAAGACCUGAGUAGUAGACCUCUGGUUAUCACAAGAGAACAUAGAGGAUAUAGAAGAGAACGUACAACUGUUUUUUUUGCUGUGUUUACAGUAGGAUGUAGGGAAGUUAAUAUAACUUAUUCAAUAGUGAGAAUGGGUGAACCUUGGAGAGGGAGGCAGGAUGAAUAGAUUGGGGGUAGAUGUCGGGGUUUGAUUACAGGAUAGCUAGUAGCUAGUUAACCGAGGAUGAACAGGAUAGCAAGUAGCUAGUUAACCGAGGAUGAACAGGAUAGCUAGUAGCUAGUUAACCGAGGAUGAACAGGAUAGCUAGUAACUAGUUAUCCAAGGUUGAACAGGAUAGCUAGUAGCUAGUUAACUGAGGAUGAACAGGAUAGCUAGUAGCUAGUUAACCCAAGAUAAACAGGAUAGCUACGAGCUAGUUAACUGAGGAUGAACAGGAUAGCUACUAGCUAGUUAACUGAGGAUGAACAGGAUAGCUAGUAGCUAGUUAACC